AUGGGGUUUACGGAUGAGGACAACAUAAGGGCAGUUUUAAAGUCAUGUAGUUCAGAUGUAAAUGAGGCGAUAUCUGUACUGUCUUCUGAAGGUGUAUAUACUAGAAAUAGUUGCGCUUUUACUCCAGAUAAGAGUAUGAUACGCAGCAAGGAAACUUUAGAAGAUGAAUAUUCCGGUGCUAUUUAUGAGAUGAAAGUCAAUGGUUUGAAGACAUUCGAUUUAUACCCUGAAGUCCAACGCUUUCUUACUAUAUGUUUAAAGGAGUGUGUUACUAAGCUAAUGACAUCGCAGGCUGUAUUCAAUUGGGAUCGCGAUACUUUGGAAGGUGUACAUAACAUGUUAGAGUUAAUAAUUCGUCUAAUUUGUGAGUAUAUGAGUACAUUAAAAGUGGCCAUUCUUGGAGAGAUCAAAGAAUACAAUGGUAAAGUAAAUGAAAAAGAAGAUUCUGUUGAAUCACAACCUUUGAGAGAUAAACAUCUUCAAUCUAUUGGUGUUUUAAGCUGUGGAGCAUUUUUAUUCACUGAACUAUUUCAUAUACUUUCAAUGAUUUUUGACUGUGAGACAAAUUACCAUCAAUUGUGUCGAGAUAGAAAUUGUAAUACUGGAACCUAUGCUGAUCCAUUCAAUGACUGGAGUCAAAUCGCUCAUAAACAUUUGGAAAAUAUCGUCUUUGCUGAGGCAUUACCAACUCCAAGGAAUUUUUAUCUUGUCAAUUUGCUCAAUUGUUUUGGUGUUUAUAAUGGUUUCAGUCUGCUUAGUUGGUUUGCAACUCAAUCCUGGUCUAAUAUAAAUCUUACAUCGAUAUUUCUUCUUCCAAUGGCUAAAUGCUGUGAUUAUUUAACUUUGUAUACUUUGAAAAGUUAUGCAGCCAAGGUUAUGUAUCGUGUUAUUUGGCGUUUAUCAAAUUUAUGUAUAGAAGAUUUUAAAGAUAGAGAUUCACGUAUAUUUGAGCUGAUCACUAGCAUUCGAGUUUUAACAUAUCGUUUGGUAGAUUUAAAUGUUGCAGAUAAUCUUGGUUCUUUAUUGACAUCAGAAGAAUGUAGUUUUUGCUUAGGUAGUUUAAUGUUCACUGUUUUUGAACCGAAUUGGGAUGAUGUUAUCUUACGAUAUAACAAAAACAAUUUUAAUCAACAAUUAAACGAUCAAACAUCAUUGUUUUCUAUUUCUGUAAUUGAUAAAUUACAUUACAGUCUGUUGCUUACAGCUAUAUCACCACCACAAGGUGUAGGUGGUGCAACGUUUAACGGACGUAUGAUGGCUUUAAGAGAACUUAUCCAACAAUUGGAAGUAUCAAAACAAUUUGAAAAUGUUAAUAAUUCAUCUAGUAAUUGGAAUAAAAACAAUCAAAGAAGAUCACGUCCAAUUGUUUCACUUACAUCAGCUAGUUUAUUAGCUACAGAAAAUGCUGCAUUCUUAGCUAAACGUCAACGGAGACGAGUUUUACGCUUAGAUCAGUUAAUGUUUUGGAUUCAAGAUAACGAAGUGAUAUCCAAAUCUCUACACAAAUUGGAUAAUACAGCGUAUAUGACUACUUUAAAUAACUUUUUCCGUGCUCUUGGUGAGCGUAUUACAAAUGAUGAUUUAACAACUUUAUGGCAUCGAACAUCACAUCAAAAUGGUGCAGCAGUAGAUAAUAUAUUAAAUUUACUCACAGAUUUGGCAUCGUCUCGAUUUACUCAAUCUCAAUUAAAGCAUUUAUUUUUUCUUGUUGAACUGAGCUGGAUGAAUCUAGAUCUACAAGCAAUUUCACAUAACUUUCCUGAUAUUAAAUCUAAUAACAAUCGAAAAUCUAAAACAUCUCUUAUUCAAUUACCUCCCCCUGAUGAGCCAUCUACCAUACGUCAUGCACGUGCAAGACUAUUGAAUAUGAUUGGUAGAAUUGGAAUAUCUUCGAGAGAUCCUAACACAGCUGAUAUGUGCAUAGAAUUAUUAUGGCGUUUAGCUCAUUCAGAUUAUUCAGAAGAAGCAAAAACUUUUUCCAGACAAAAUUAUAAACCAAAACAAUCAUCACCACAAAAGAUAACUUUUGUAGAUCGUAUUCUUGUUUCACAUGGGCACAAAAUGGACACAACAGAUUCUACUGUAGCGCUGGAAUUCCCAAAAUAUAUGCACCCUGAACCGAUUGAAGCAGCUUUAGCCCAACAGUUAGUUAUUAUUCGUGAAUUUCAUUGUUCAGGUGUAGAGCAAAGAAUACGAGCGAUGCGUUGGUUGUUAGAAGCUGUAGGUCAUAUAAGCAGGAACUCCCUGACAUUUUUUAUGCUAGCCUAUCUAAAAUCCUUAUUGGAAUUCAUAUUGAAAAAUUUUGUUGGAAAAGCUAAACGAGAUCAUCUUCAUGAACUUAAUCGUUCACAUGAAUUGAUUACUCGCGUUGUCGAUUCUUUACUGCAUUAUGAAAAAUGGGCGAUUUCAUCUCAUGGUGAUCUCUUAACUGCAGAUAGUUUGGAUGCACUUGGUUUCAGGCAUAGUGAUGUAAUCAAGCGGCAUUUUGACCUUUUGAAUUUCUUACUUCGAAACGCUGAACUAACAUUGAGCGUUGAACGUGCGAAAGCUUUAUGGGAAACAUUGAUUGGUCAAACGCGUGCUGCCCCAUUUGAUCGUGAGCAAGCAUUUAUUUGGUUUUCAUCAUGUUUAAAUUUUCUUGAUACUGAUGCUCAAGCAUUUGUUUUUACAAAAGUGAUUUUAAAAUCAAAUCCUGCUUUAUUUCGUUCAAUCGCUGGUUUUGAAUGUUUCAAAGGAUUUUUUGAGAAAGUCAAUUUAAAUGAAGGUCGUAUGAAACAAGUGGCAAAAUCGUGGCAUGUUGAAAGACCAGAUUUAAUUGGUUUAGAUUUUCUGUGGGAUUUAUACCUUGCUCUACCAUCAACUGAUGCAAGCUUAGAUGGUGGACAUUCAAAUCGUCUAGUAGAGAAUGAAAUAUAUACUAAGUCGAACCCGGCUAUUGAUAAGCCGUGUGAAACUAAAUCAAGUGUUGGUGACUCAUCAUCAAAACAACAACAGAUUGGAGCAUUCAAAGUGUCAACAUUCUCGUCAUCAAAGUCACCUCUAGAUGCUGCAAAACCAGCUAGAUUACUUUUAUUAAAUGUACACUGGGGCCAAUUAGCGCCAAAGUUAAGACGAGAUCCAGAAUCAUGUUAUCGUCGUUUCUUUGAUACUUGUAGACGACGAUUAGAAACUAACUACGCUUUAGGUCGCGGUUUAAUCACUGAAUAUGGAAUCACAUCAGUUUUGGCAGAGACUGGCGAAUUACUGGCUUCAUUGAUGCUAGGACUUGGUCCUGCGACUAAAGCAAAACAUUGUACUCGUACUGCAGCUAAAUUGGCUAUACGUCGUUUAUUAGGUUUAGUUUAUGCAUAUAUUCAAUCAGUUGAGGAUGAAAUGUUUGGUUCUCGUGCUCAGUAUCCAAAUUGGAAACCUCAUGGUUGUACUUAUCGAGGUUGGGAUAUGCAUUUACUCUUGAAUAUUGAAACUAUUAAACAAGGUCAACCAGUCGUAUCUUUAACUAAUCCUGUGCCAAUGAUUGGAAAUCAGGUUAUGAAGAAAUUAUCAUCAUGUUCAUCUAAUGUAUCCAGUAACAAUUCACAAUAUUUUGAAAAUCAUGAUUCUAUAGCAUUGUUAGCACAUUCAAAUGAACCUCUUAGUUCAAUUAGGGAGAGGGCUAAUAUUUUGUCGACUGCAUAUUUAUUUGGUUGUCAAUCUAAAUCAAAUAAUCAACAGGACACUGGUAAAUCUUCAUCAUGGACAAUGGCUACUUUAUCUCUUCAGAAAGAAACACGACCAAAAAUUUCCAUUUUAUGUGAGUCGAAUCAACCGAUCGAAAAGACUAUACUCUCACAUGAUGCACCCAGUCAACGGAAUGAAAUGAGAUCAGUUAGUAAACAUAAUUCCUAUGAACUUCUAGAUACUGUGUUAAAUCGCAAACCUAUUGGUGAACUUGGCUUUCAAAUUAAUCGUCAGUUGAUUGUUCGAUUUUAUACAGAAUCUAACAGUCGUGUACGUAAUCGUGUUAGUAACAUAAGUGCUGUUUCUUCUUCUGCUAUUCAAGGUUUAUCCAAUAAUUCACCUUAUAAUAGUUCAUUUUCAUUAGCUGGCUCAUAUUCAUCCACAUUAGAAUUGACAAAUGAAUGUUUCAAUAAUUCUAUAUUGAUUUCAAAAAAUUAUUGUUUAUCAAAUGAUGAAUCUUCUAGUUUUUUAAGUAAUUUCCGUAAACGUCUAGAAACAUCAUCUACAUUACAAGUAAAUCAUCUUAUUACUAAUGAUACAUCUGUACUCAGUCUUAGUAAUAAUAAUAAUAAUAAUAAAAUUUUAACUGAUUCAUCAACAGAUUUAAAUAAUUCUAAUCAAACGAUUCCUACAACUAAUGUUAAUAUUAUUCUACCUAGUGUUUGUUUAUCAAAUGAUUCAGCAGUUUAUGAACUAUUAUUUGAAUUAGCUGAAUCGGAACUUGCAUAUCUUAAUUCAUCAUUCCUAAUACAAUCAAAUAGUCGUAAUAAAAAGUCCAUUCAUCAUCUUCGUCAUCAAAUUUAUCAUUUGGUGAAACACAAUUUCCUUCAACCAUGUUUACCAACGUAUAAAUCAAUUCGCCAUGGACGAAAUGGUAAUGGUACAUAUUUACAAUAUAGUUUAGUAUGUAAUCCACAUAUGCUUCUUAAUGCUUCACCUUAUCGUGUUUUAUAUAAAUUACAACUUUUGAGUUCUGCGUUGAUUCCUUUGGACACAAGUCCAUGGUGGGAAAUCUCCCCAGGAUGUUUACUCUCACCUCCGUCUUCAACUUACUUAAUAUCUCAACCUCUUCCGAUGUCCAUUAUCUCAAGAACUCAUAAAGGAUUGGAAUCUCUUUCAGUAGACAGUAAUCCUAGAUCAAAUUCAGCUAGUAGAGGAUCUCAUUCUCGUACUUCACCUAUAAAUGGUGAUUGUAAAUCUAAUUGGUUUCUGUCUGUUGAUGCAAUAAAUACAAAUUCACAAGUAAUAAAUUCAACUUCAGCACCAUCUUCACCAGAAAUUUCUCCACGUCGUCGUUGUCGUCUUAAAAAGCUAACUUCCUUCACACUUUCAAGUGAUAUUUUCUCUUUCAAGGGGAAGUCUCACAAAGAUGUGCCAAAAGAUUUAAAUCUAGUAGCUGACGCUCCACUUAUUGAAUAUCUUGAAGCAUUAGUUCAAUUACUCGAGCGAAAUUUAGUUCCCUUAUCUGUCGAAUCACCUUAUAAGUCUACGAAUUCCGUCAAAAAGCAUAUUUCUGCAUUCCCAUUUGUAUUGCGACCCAAUCAUAUUCGUCGUCAAUGCAUUACUAAUGAACAUGAAUAUUUAGCAUCUAAUAUUUCACAGAAUACAGCUAAAGAUAAUGCUAAUUGGUGGAGGCGUGAAGUGAGACAUUUGUGCUUACAGUUGCUAGCUUCUUUGUUAAAUCCAAUUACUUUAGUGAAUAAUGAUGAAUUCACAACAACUGUUCAUAAGUCGUACAAUCAAAAUAUAAUGUCUGAAUCAAUCUAUACUAUACCAUCUGAUUCAGUUGUAUAUCAAAUAACUCCUAUAUUAGCAUAUAAUCUAUUGAAUAAUUUAUUAGAUACUGCAUUAAUCGAUGCUGGUAUCGACAUUGAAUUACUUCAUUCUAAUAAUUCAUUUACAAAACAACACUCACAAGAAUUACUCAAUAAUUUUUACUAUUCAUCUAUGCCUAAAUCGUACAUGUUUUUAUCACAUGUUGAUAGUAAAUCAGGUAUUGCUGGUGUAAUUGAAGAAAUCUCUUAUUUUGGACGAAAAAUUCUAUUUCAAGAUGUUGAAAUCAGUGUACAGUGUAUACGAUUAUAUUUUCAAUGUAUCAUAGCCUAUCCAUGUAUAUUUGUUGAUGCUUUAUUGAAGUCAACGAAUUUGGAGAAUAAGUUUAUACAACUGUUAGUGUACUCCUCAUCUACAAGAAUAAGAAAUGAAAUGGCUCGUCAACUGGAACAGUUGUUCAUUCUUGUAUCACCUUUCCUUUUCACUGGUCCUACUUGCUAUACCAGAAAUAAUUCAUUAUCUGUUUCGCAUACAUCUCACUCUUCGAUUUGUUCACUUCACGGUUAUAUUCGUCAUCCUGAAAUACUGAAUCUGAUUCUUAAAACCAUACUCAAUACACGGUUACCAUUUUUUGAUGUGAAACUAGACAUUAUGUCACUACCGGCAGUAAAUAUUUUAAUUAGCCAAUGUGCAGAAUAUUUUCGUGUACGUGGCUUUUUACUCGGUCAAACACCUCCUCAAAUUCUUAAAACAAAUUUCAAUACUGAUCAUAUCACUAUUCUUCAAAAUGAUUUACUAUGGUUUAAAAAAACGAUGGAUUUUGAUGAUAAAAAUAUGCAAUACUAUGAAAAUCAAAUACUCAAUGAUUGUCUACUAGCUGGUCAUUUGAAUUCAAUUCGUUUAAUUUGUGCUCAAUCAAUAGCAUGUGUCACUAGUCAUUGUCAAUGUACAUUGAAUCAUCAUUUAUUAUCCAAUGGGGGGUUAACACCAAUUAUAGAUAAACCAGCAUCUAAAAUAAAUAACCGUAGUAAUAAUAAUAAUAUUAGUAAAUUGAAUUAUUUAAAAAAUGGAUUUAUUACUAACAUUAAUCAUUUAUUACCACCGAUACAGUUAUUAAAAGCAAUGAAAAAUCCAGAUAUACUUGUAAUUAAUAUGAAAAAUGAAGAAACUAAUUCACAGACAAUGUUAAAUAAAGAAUUUACAGAAAACAGAAUACCUAUUCACUCUUCUGUUGCGUUAAAAUUAGCAGUUGAUUGUAUACAAAUAACAAGAGAUUUUAUUUAUUAUCUUAUUGUAGAAUGUUUAUUCCCAGCAGCUAGAUAUUUACUUUCAGAUCAGAAUGCUAAAGAUUUAUCACUGUACGCUCCAUCAAAUGGACAAUUUUCUAAACGUGAAUGUUUACGAAGAAGUUUAUCAAUUUUAUUUAAAAACCGUAACCUUCCACAAUUUGAUAUUUUUAAAAGCCUCCGACCUAUGACUAAAGAAGUAUCAUUGUCAUUUUUGUGUUUUGUAUGUCGCAUAGAUUGUCAAAGUUUAGAAAAGGUUGUUAAUCUACUAAUUUUAUUACACCAUUCACAUAAAUCAGAUCAGAUUAGUUCUGAAAUUGGUACACAUACUUCGAUAUUGCCUAAUUCAAUUCAAACAUCAUCUGAAAUUGUACUUGAUCAUAGUUCAUUUAAAUCUACUACAGAAGAAUUGCUUCAUAAACAACAUAAAGUUAAUACAAUACCAAAUAUAAUAGGAAAAGCUGGUGUUCAUUGGGAUGUUCAACCUGUUGUAGCUGGACGAGCAAAAUGUGGAUUUGUUGGUUUACGUAAUGGUGGUGCAACAUGUUAUAUGAAUUCAGUUCUACAACAAUUAUUUAUGCAACCGGGUGUACCGGAAACAUUAUUAGCUAUUACAGAUACUGAUGAUACCGAUGAGAAAAAUAUUCUGUUCCAAACUCAACAAUUAUUUGGUCACUUACUUGAAUCUCAAAUACAAUAUUAUGACCCAGUUGGGUUUUGGAAAAAUGAUGAAUUAAAAAAAAUGAGAAAGGAACCAUUUUUCCAAACUUUAUACCAAGGUAUAUUUCUUGACUCUAAAUUUUGUGAUGAAUGCGAUCAUCGUUACGAUCGUGAAGAAGUAUUCAGUGCAAUUAAUUUAGCAGUUAAAGCUAACGAUUUACAUGAAGCUUUAAAUCAGUUCGUUCGAGGUGAAGUACUUGAAGGUGAUAAUGCUUAUUAUUGUGAACGUUGUUGUGUUAAACGCCGUGCAGUAAAACGUUUAUCUAUUCACUCACUACCUCCAGUACUGUGUUUACAUCUUAAGCGUUUUGAUUUUGAUUGGGAUCGACAAAUACCUAUUAAAUUUUCUCAUUAUUUCAAAUUCCCAAGACAGUUGGAUAUGAGUCCAUAUUUAACUGGUUCUACACUGAUAUAGUAUGAUGUCUUCUGCACAAUAUUGUCACACUAUUAUUACACAAGUUAAUAACCAGUUACUAAUUACUUUAUUCAUAAGCCUACAACUGAAAUCUGUAAUCUAAUGGGUAACAAUGUUAUUUAAUAAUCAGUACCUUGACAGAUAGAGCUGGAGUUUAAUCGGUCUCCCGUUAUUUGAAAGUUGAAUACGGACACUAAUUAUAUACAAUUUCGUGAUAUAAUGAAUGGAAAAUAUUUCUACUUCAGAUGUUUACCAGAUUAUUAACUUCUUACUUUUGUUAUUUUCCCUUUUGAUCAGUUUUUGAGUAUGUGAACAAAAUGUUUAGACGGUGGAUUUUACUCUAUCUGUUGAUCAGUAACUGUUACUUACAAUUAUCUUUUUUUACUCACUUAUUUGAUUACUGGCAUCACUGUGCAAUAGUAGUAAUUACAAUAAUAA